GCUCAUUAUUCAUUGAUCGUCUUCAUGAUGACCAUCAUCUCUCUUCUCCUGCUGGCCUCUCUGCUGCCACACCUGACCUUCACUGCUCAUGUGAAUGUGGGUAUAGUGAACGGCAGGGAAGCAAAACCCCACUCCAGACCUUACAUGGUGUCUGUUCAAGCAAAGGAGCAACAUAUCUGUGGUGGAUGCCUUAUCUCUAAUAAUUAUGUCAUGACUGCUGCACAUUGCCGAAACAAUGCUCCAGUUGUGACGGUUGUGCUAGGUGCACAUGACCUAAAAAAGAGUGAAAAUUCAUUCCGAUACACAGUGGAUUCAUAUCAUCAGCAUCCAAACUACACUAAGGGAUCCUUUGUUAAUGACAUCCUGCUUUUGAAGUUAGAAAAAAAUGUACAACUGAAUGACAAUAUCAAGUGGAUAUCCAUACCAGAAGAAGGAAGCAUUAUCGAGGCAGGUUCAGUUUGCAGUGUCGCAGGUUGGGGAAGUUUAGAAGCUAAGGGCAACAAAAGCGAUCACCUCAUGGAGACAGACGUGAAGGUCAUGAAUAAUACGGAAUGUGAACAUAAAUGGGGGAAGAAAUACUUUUCAACUUCACAGAUGAUGUGUGUUUAUGGCAAAGGAGGAAGCUGUGAUGGGGAUUCAGGAGGUCCUUUGGUUUGUGGAAACACUGCAGUUGGUGUCACUUCUUUUGGUCACCCUGAUCUCUGUAAUUCCCCAAAGAAACCUGAAGUUUAUACUAAGAUUUCAGCAUAUCUUACAUGGAUAAAGAGCAUAAUUGGAAAAUUUAAUUGAUGUCAAUUCAAUAAAAUGGGGUGAUUAUUAUAAUUUUUUGAUUGAGCUGAUUUUUUUUUAUAUGAAACUGAGGACAGAGAGUUUGAUAUUUGAAGACAACCACUGUUUUUUUUUUUUUUUCAUGUUUUGGGAUGUGUUGAGUUGAUUUACC